AUGGAUGUGAAAAUCAUAGAAAGUGUAAUCAAAUCUAACGAACUCGCGAUAGACGAACUCAGUGUAUGGAAAUAUCUAAUCAAAUGGGCCGAGAAUCAACCCGGAGGACUCGAUUGUGCGAAACAAGCUCUUGAAAGCCUGACGCCCUUGGUACGGUUUGUUAGUAUCUCGGCUGAUUCUUUUUACGAAAAGGUGAAACCGUAUAAGCGAUUUAUACCAGAAUGCUUAUAUGAAGAGGCCAUCUGGGCGUACGUUCAAUUGACUGUAAAAAGAUCGAAAAAGGACCUGAAAGAUCCUCGAGCAAAGAUAAUUGACUCGAGAUAUAUAACUCUUCAUCACGCUGCAUUACUAUCCGGUUGGGUGGAUCGCAAACCAACAGCGUAUUCUACCAGUCAGAUAACAGACAGUCGCGUGUUUACCAUGCAAGAUUAUGAAGUUUUCGCUCUUCAAUAA